CUAAGUAGAACAAUGAUCUGGGUAGAUAAGCUACACUGUGGGAGUUUAUAUGGUGACUGUUUCUGCUGUUGGAAGACUAAAAUAGCUUAUUGCAAAACGUAUCUUCCUGCACAGAGGAUCUUCAGAAGCUGAAUAUAAUGGAACCACAAGGCAACGUAAGCCAGGAGCUGCGUGCAAUGAAAAAAACACUGUGCUUUAUCAGCAUCAUUGUUUGUGCAGUUUGCCUAGCCUGCACUGCUGCCACAUUCACUCUUCUAUGUCGAAAGGACUUCUCUAAGGAAUCGAUUGGAGCAGCCAGUGCACAAACAGUUCAAGAGUCCAUGCAUCACUACGAGGCAGUUGCCACCGCUCAGCUUAAAUUGACACAGAAAGAACCAUACUCAGCCAAUCAGAUCCUCUUGUGGCAGGAGAAUUAUAAGUUAAAUGGCAUGAAGUAUCAAAAUGGCAACCUAACCAUUUUAACCAAAGGUCUUUAUUACAUAUAUUGCCACCUGCACUUUAUUAUAGAAGAGUGUUUUGAUUAUGAAGAUUUACAUAUGAUUCUGAAUGUGAAUAACAAGCCAAGGCACCAAGUGUUCCAUACCAUCAUCCAACAAAGCAACUGUACAGUAAGAAUGUACAGAGACCAAUACCUGGGCCUGCAGUUAUACCUCAAUGCCUAUGACAAUGUGUCAAUUGAAACUAACCAUGUUACAUGGCUGAAUAGAAACUACCUGCCAGAUGACAUCCUAUUCGGCGCUUUCAAGUUAAAUAACUGGUCUGCACGAUAGAGCACAACUAUAGAUUUGUCUCAAAUAUCCUUUUGAAUAAUGGACCGAUUUCUUUCUCAUCCAAAAAGACACACAUUUGACCUGGAUGUACAAAUAAUAAAUGCAGAUGGCACCAAACUGCAAAUACAUUCUCAGACUGAUAACACAACUCGAUGUAACAACGACAACUAUACAAGCAGGAAACAGACUUUCCAAGAGACAAAUUUAAAAGAAAAUAAUAAAAUAAAUAACAACAAAGCAGUAUUUAUUGGAUUUCAAGAAGCCACUACAGCCAGAUUUUGGGCCAUAUUCUUUCCAAAUGUAAAUUGUAUUUAUGAGCCAUUUUGACUAAAUAAUAUAUAUAAAGAGACUAUAUAUUUAACAUAAA